AUGGGGCGACGGAAACCUACGCAACCCGUGGAAACGGAGGUGAUGCAGCGGCACCAGAGCGCGUACAAGCGACGCGGAUCCUUUACUGCAUGCAACACAGGUCCUAACCAAAACAAGAACAGUGGCAACCAAGAACCUAGCGGUGGUGGUGGCGACCUGGCUCGUGAGCACAAUAGCCACCUCAGUCGCAACGGGCUCAAUAAUGGCACCUCCUUCCGCCGUCUUCCUCAGGACCAGGGUGGCGGCGGUCCGGCACCCUAUACAAGCUUUAACUUUGUCUCACCACCCCAGCAGCAGCAGCAGCAGCAGUACUUCCAUCAGCCGUCACCACAGUCGUAUGACAAGUAUUCGAGCCAGCCCACACAGAAUGCCCAGGGGCAGCCAUACUUGCCGUACGGUGGCAACUACGAGUCGCUCCCGCCGCAGCAGCUUAUCCAUCUUCGCAAUCUACCACCGCUUCCUCACGUAAUGACUCCUCAAGGUCCGAUGGCGCCGCCACCUCUGUAUCUCUUUGCCAUGCAAGGCUGCCCCCUUGCGCCCGGCAUGCCACCACAGCAGCAGCGACAGCGUUGUGAGCCGCCAGGCAGCAGUAAUAGAGCCGUGCCUCCGCAGCACUAUGCGGUGAGCGGCAACGCCAUGCCUUCUGCACUGCAGCCGACGCUGGCAAGACGACCAUCGUUUAUUGCGACGAAGGGCAGAACGGUAAACAUAGCCCCCAACGCAGUACCGCCGACUGUAGUCGAUCCACGAGCAGGAACCACUGAUGGUACUCGCUUGACCCGUGCGCACAGCAUCCUCAAACACACCUCCAGCUUCAAGAAGCAGGCGCAUCCCACUUCAGAGGGCGCCAAGGUGGUCCAGAAAGAGCUCACCAUGGACCAGCGACUUCAUGAGCGGGAACAAGAGCGGCAGCGGUUGCAACAGGAGAUGCAGGCCCGCAUGGCUUCCGAGCAGUCUGCACGAGAGCAGCGGCUUCGUGAGUUGCAGCACCGUAAAGUGCCGCAGAACGUUGUACCAGAGUCGUUGGCGAAUGCCUCUCCACGCGUGCAGGCGGGACUGCCGAAGCCGGGUUUUCACAGUGGGGACAGUGUCUCGGAGAGUUGCCGAGUGCCGGCCUCCAAGCCCGUUCCUUCGUCCCAGCCGCCGACUUCGGUUCAGUCGCUGCCGGGUCGCCCGACAGGGAGCGUGCCGUUCUCUAAGGCGUCGCAGAGGCAUCCGGUGUCUAAAUUGGUCGCCAGGUCGCCCUCCAGCGGAGAAAGCCCUGGUAUGGCGGCGCUCGUAGAAGGCCACAGCAACUUGCCCGCUUCUGACGGAGCAGAUAACCUCACGAUGCUCGACCCCAAAGGCAAUGGCAGGGUGGCGGCGUCGGGUGGUGGGGCCGCAGCCGUGGUGGCGAAAAGUAAAGGCCCUGCUCGUGGUGCCAGCGCUACCGCUACUGCGGAGGCACCGGCGGUGGCGAUGCAGCAGCUCUGGCACCGCUGCCUGUCCCUCGCCCUGUACGAGAUUCCGCUGCGCUGCAGGAAGACGGUGAAGAACGACGAGGAACAUAUCGAUGACUCGAAGUUCCCUGUGCGACUCUUUGGUAGCACGCUACGCGUCACCGACGCAGUGACGCAGACGUCGACUGAGUACCAACUCGAUGAGAUCGUCACGCAUCGACGAGGUUCUACCAAUGUAGAGUCGAACCUUCUCGAGAAGGUAGGCGAGGUACUCAUCGAGGGCUACAGUGCGUCCGUCCUGAGCCUCGACUCGAAGGGACUUUGCAAAUCUACUUCUGCCUUCGACAGUGCUGCGUGGCUUGCUAAGCAGCGUCUGCUCAUGAACGUGUUGCGUAGGGUAAAGGGGAUGCAGUCCGUCUACAGCGAGCGGGUUGGCAGCGGCGACUUCUUCGAGGCAGCGUUUUCCUUCGCAAUUGUCAAGAAGGUGUCGUCCCAACAAGCGGCGGAGUGGAAUAUUACGAGUGUGGCCACUGCGCAACGGACGUACGGGGUUGUGGACCUUCUUCAGCCAGAACCAACAGUUGUUCAGUUCAAGAUGGAUGGCUGCCUCCUGUUUGGCCACCGCAUCGCCGGCGUCGAGUACCGCGCACUUCGCAGCGAGGCAGAGUUCAAGACCGUGCUGACGAGUGCGCAGGUCAACGCCAACAUCGUACUUGGCCGCCUGGCCGACGCUGUCGCCGCUGACCCCGACAACGAGGCCGCAGCAAAUGAACAAGAAUCUGUCCUUCAGGUAAUAACGUGUGUGCUGACGCACCGCAAGACCGGCCCUGUCUCGCUACAGGAGCAGAUGGCGGAGCCUGCCGAGGCGGUCUACAAGCGAGAGGCGGAGAAGGACGUCAUGUCCUCUGAUGACGAAGAUGACACGGACCUGCCUACAGCGUUUCGGUCGCACAACGUGCCGUCUGGGAGCAGUGACAUAAUUAUGAACUGUCUAACUUGCAUUGGUGCUCAGCAGAGCCACGGCCUGUGGGCCGCUGCACUGGAGCGCAACCAACGUAUCGUUCCCACAGCCCUUUUCGAGACCGCCUUUGGCGGUCCGGCAUACACGGUGAUUCUCGCCAGUAUGGAUCCCACCAAGGUCGAGUCUGCCGCGGCACUUGACACGCAGUCCGCCAUGUCCCUCAAACUACACCGCCGCCCCCUUAACGGGUCUGCUCGCCGCUUUAUCCAAUGCUCCAAGUACGUGACAGGGGCCCUGCAGACGAAGUUGAGCGGCACAAUUCCCCCAUCCGACGCGCAGCAGCGCGACUUGAAGGCUGAGAUUCACAAGCGCGCUAUGGGACUCGAUUCGCUGGGCGAAAUGCUGAGUUCCUUCGAAACGAAUGGAUUCAGCGUAUCAGGCACCACCUCGUUUGCCCAGGUGCACCGCGCAGAAGCAUGCGCACGCAAAAGUUAA